AUACGUCAUAGUGUAAUUAAAGUGCAGAAAUGAAAUUUGUUAAUGAACUUUAACUUAAGACAUUAUGUCAUUAUAUGAAAAACUAGUAUCUAUUAAUAAUAUUCAAUACGUUGGAUAUUUUGCAAGCUAUCUAACAAUAGGUUAUAACCAUAUAAAAAACGUCGCUUAGAUCGUAUGAACACAUACUACAAAUCAAAAGUUGUUUUUAUGAUGUUUAAAAUUAAUGUGUUGAUUUAUCUUUUCUAUCAACAACUAGUAUUUGCAUUAAAGUUUUUUGUAGUAAUAAAUCAAUCAGUAAUUCAGUAUACUUUUUAAAUUGAGAGUUUCAAGAAAGGAUUAAACAAUGUAUAGAUUAAAGCUUGUUGACAAAUUUUAUAGUGCUUUAAUUACUUUUAAAAUACAUGUACAUAAAAAUCAAAGUCGAUUAAAACUAUUAACUGAAUGCAUUUCAUUAUGUGUUGUUACUGGGAGUUUUGGGUGGUUUAUUUAUGAAAUUCAACAGACUUAUAAUGUGAUUAAAAAUAUUGUCCAGAAAGAUCCUCUUUUGCUGAAUAAUAAUAGAAGACCUCAAUAUAUUUUUUUAAAUAAAGCGACAUUUACUGAGUUUGAUGAAUACCAGAUUAUUGAUAGUAAUAGUAUAUUAAAACCAACAAAUCCAUUAGUGUAUAUUCUCCAGUUAUGGAAUGAUAUAAAGUACAAAAAAGCAGUUAAACUUCUGGAGUUAUCCAAUAAUAGUACUAAUAAAAAAAUUUCUAUUGUAGCAAAUCAUCAUUUAGCUACAAUGGCUCAUCUUAAAAGAUCUGAUUGUUAUCAAAUAGCUCAAAUGAGUAAUGCUCAUACGAUGGUUGGAUUUGCUAGAACAUCCAAUGUGAAUCCUAAUUUUUUCUUACCUCCAAAAAAAUCUAAAUGGUCUAGAGAUGAAACAUUAAAUGAAAUUCGAAAUUUAUUGAUUAAAUUAAACGGAUUAAGUGAGCACAAAUGUUUAUCUUAUUUUGUUGCUUUUGCAUUUAAGGAUCAUACACAUGAAUAUUUUCAUCCAGAAGAUGUAACUCCUGAUUUUAGAAGUAUGCAUGUUAACAAAGAUAAUAUAUUUCAAUUAAGUGUUAGUGCUCUUCGUCAUCAUUGUAGUAACGAAACAAAUAUAAAUGAUAUGAUAAAACAAGGAGGUCUACAUAUUCUAAUGGCAGUAUAUCAGGAAUUCAAAAAUGAUCAAAAAAUAGCUGAACAAAUCAGUCAAUUACUGUCAACAGUAUCAUUAUAUCAAAGUCAUCUUCAAGAUAUUUUUUUGACUGGAUGGAUCAGUGUGCUUUACGAAUGGAAAAAUCAUAGUAAUUUUAGAAUUCAAUCAUGGGCUAAUAGAACAUUAUUAAAUUUAGAUAAGAGAGAUUAUGUAAAUGGAAAUAAUGUUUAUGGUAAACAAACAGUGUUGUUACAUCCUAAAAAUCGCUGUCAGCAAGAUGCAAAAAUAGAUGUAAUUCUUGUACAUGGUCUUCUGGGUGGUGUUAGUUUCUCAUGGCGUGCAAGAGAUAUAAACAUUAAUCAACCAAUUGGUAUUUUUGAUAUUAAUAAAACUUCAAAUGAUCUCUCUUUUUUUAAAAAACCUGUUGGAGAGGCAAUGCAAGAUUACUUAGAAAACUAUUCUGAAGUCAAAGAUCAAGAAUGGGAUGAAAUUGGUAACAAUUUUGAAUUUAUAUUAAAAGAUUUGCCAAUUUCUGAUAAUAUAAAAGGAAAUGAGCUCUAUACUUUAGAUGGGCAAAUUACUAGUGUUAGAAAAAAUGCAUUGAAUGAUAAUUUAAGCCAAUGUUGGCCAUCUGAUUGGCUACCUACUGAUGUUGAUGGACUACGCGUAAUUGGUGUUGAUUAUAGUUCAACUUUAUCUGAAUGGCUACCUUCAUGUCCUUUAAAAUCUAAAAAUCAACGAACACUUGAGGGGCGAACAGAAAAGUUAAUGGAACAACUUUUGGCUAUUGGUGUUGGAGAUAGGCCUGUUAUUUUUCUAGCACAUUCAAUGGGGGGACUUUUAGUGAAAAAAAUGUUGGUUACAGCAAGGAAUAGCACAAAUCCUGAUGUAAGGAAAAUUUUUGAAAAAACACGUUCAGUAUUUUUUUUUAGCACACCACAUCAUGGUUCACCUUUAGCAACUCUUAAUAGUGCCUAUAGGUUCUUUUUGUGGCCAUCAGUUGAAGUUGAUGAAUUAAGAACAGAUUCUCCAAAGCUACUCUCGCUUCAUAAUGAGUUCCUUGAUUGCUUACGAGAAAAUCCAAUGAAAAUUGUAACUUUUGCUGAAAGCCUUCCAACUGAGUUUACUGCUUUAAAAGUACCUAUAUUGUGUGUUCCUAUAAAAGCAGCUGAUCCAUCAGUUGGUGAGCUUUAUGAAUUGCCAUUAAACCAUAUGUCUAUUUGCAAAGCCGAAUCUAAAUUAUCUUUUGUGUAUCAAAAAACGCUAUCUGUGAUAAAAACAAUUGCUACUUACAGUAGUGUAGAAUAGAUCUACUAUUUUUGAAUGUAUGUAAUGCAAAAUGUAAUAUAUUUUCAAUAUAGACAUAAAAAACGACCAAAUAAUAUUAAUUUAAUCUUAAUUAAGUUAGUGAUACUUUUUAAAAUAGUUACUUUUAUUUUAAUAACAAACAGUAUUGAUGUAUAAUUGUAUUAUAGAGUUUAUAUUUUGUUAAUAUUUAUUAUUUUUCUUUACAUAAUACAUUCUUAUAAUGAUUACAUUUUUCUCUUUAUUAUUUUUAAUGUUUAAACAAUUAAUUAAUAAAGAGCUGCAGAAAAAAUUGUUAUAUCAAAAUUAUUGUUAUUAUUAGUAAGUCAACCCUUAACAUAAUUUCUGCAAAGAAAUUAUGUUAUAGAACUGAUUAAUAAAGUGGAAAUAUCCCGUAAAAUUACAUGGAUUAUUGCUAAAAAUUUUUGAUAUUAAUUUAUACUCUUAUUUUAACACAAUGGGUUUUGCAUAAUUUUUUAUCGUAUUUUUUAAAUAUACAUCAUUGACAGAUAUUAAUGGGGUUAUAAAAAUUAGAGAAAAUUCAUAGGUCUACUAG